AUGGAGCUCGACAUGGAGGUUUUCCAGCUCUGCCGCUUCCACCUCUCCCCGCUGGAGGCCGUCACGUACUACCUGCCGCGCCUGCUCUCCGGCGAGUCCCUCAACGGCGCCGAGCGCCUCAUCCACCGCGCCGACAUCUACGGCAACCUGGAGACCAAGGACCUCGCCGCCGCCUUCCCGCCGGCGCCCAAGGCCGAGCGCACCGGCGACCGCUUCUUCCUCACGCUCUGCAAGCGCCAGAAGGGGAGCCGCAGCCGCAGCGCGCGCGCCGCCGGCGCCGGGACGUGGACCAUCCAGAGGACGUUGGAGGUGGUGGAUCACGCGGGCGUCAAGAAAGGCGAGGUGAAGAAACUGAGCUUCAAGAAGGGAAUCAAGAAGGAGAAGGAGUCCACGGGCUGGGUCAUGGAGGAGUACCACUGCUUGUUGCCGGAAGCUGUUGUGGCCGACGGGGAGAUGGUGCUCUGCAAGAUCCAUCUCUCUCCCACCGCCUGUGACGAAGCUCGCCAAGAAUCCGCCGCGUAUCUAGCUGGGACUCAAGAACAAGAAGAUCAGCCGGCCCGAAUGCCGGUAACAGCAAAGAGGCCAGCGCCGGCAGCGCCCGAUCAUGAUCCGCCGUGCGCCCCCAAACGCGCGCGUGUUGCCGCGGCUGAAGCUGAUCACAGCCAAGACAUCGAUGCGUUCAGGAGCCCGUUGGAGGAUCUUCUUGCUGACCAGCCCGCGGUGGAAGCCGACGACGACAACACUGGCCGGCUUACCUGCACGAUGGACGAACUUCUUGGUGGAGCCACAGAUGAGGAUCAGGAGGAUGAGGCCACGGCGCUUCCGGCCGGCGAAACAGAGCAGCAGACCGUCGACUUCGACUUGGACCUUCCGGUGCUGGAUGAAGACGCACUGAGCGAGGUUAUCCUCAGCCUGGACGAGGACUUGCCGAUCGCGAGUGAUGAGGACUUUGACUUCGAGUUUCCGACCGCGGAAGAACUGAACGCGAUGAUGGUGUGGAGGACUGGCCGCUGA